CGCGUCGAUAGCGCUGUUUGUGGACACUCGACUAGUCAACUAGUCAUGAACAUGGUAAAUUUCGAAGUCUUCGCCCCGCUCCGCCAUUGGCGCUCUCACUGCCACUCAGAAAGUACCUUGCUCGCCGCCAGCUCAAUCGCUUUUUCGCAUGCAUCCGACGAGAACGUCACUGCGCUAAAGUUUCGCGCACUGAUACUGACUCCACCGCGAGCACAAAGACCGCGCAAGCUGUCAAUUCGUUCGUGGCCAACCUGUCCAGGAGACAAGGUCCGCAUGACGAUGCACCGGAAGGAAGAUAUCCCCGACUUUGCCGGCUUCAAGUUGUUCCUCUCGAUAUCGGCUGUCUCGUUUUGGAUGAUUCAGAAAUUCCUGCAUUCCCAUGUCGCAGAAGUUUCGCUAGUUGUUUUGUCGAAGCUCCAGCAUUGUUCUAAAGGUCGACGUUGAUUCGCGGCAAGAGCCUGAGUCCUAGAAGCAUA